CCGUUAAUAAAACAUGAAGCGCUUUAGCGAAUCGCUUAAAAAACCUCGCGUUUUAAAUCAGUUACUAACGGAUGCAACGUCACCGGCGUGUGACGUCACAUCCUGCAGCUGUAACAUCUUCGACAAAAUGCUUGUUCUUUCGGCGUAAUACGUGCAAAUUGAAUCGGUAUCGGACGCCGACGACGACACCUUCCGACGAAUUUGUAAUUCUCGCUCGGAACAAUGGCGAUAAAAAGAAUAGAGAAGGUAAAACGAGAAGAUUACAGUCACCAUUAAAGCGAUUUUCAUCAGCGAAUUGCGGCGCUUUUCCACAGAAACGUGUGAUCUCUCGUUACCAUAGAAACACACCCUCUAUAAAAAAAGCAUAACAGACGAGAGCGCACUUUGUCGGACGGAACUCGCCCGACCGGGAUGAAAGCGAACGAAAGGUGGCGCUGCCGUUAACAGAUAAGAUUUUUAGGUUAAAUAGUGUCGGACAAAGCGCGCAUCCCUCUACAAAUUAUCUACAAAGUUAAAAAAAUCGAGUAUAAACUCGCGGAACGGAGCUCCUUUCCGGGACGACCUUCGUCUUUGUGGUGUGGCCGUCCUCUCCGCCGUUCGUCUCCCUCCCAUUAGUACGCAUGCUCCGUGGCGAAUAGCCUUUGCGAACUGACGAAACUCGGUUGCUGUCGGCCAGCGUUGGUGUUAAGAAGGACCGAAAAUAAGCGUUUUCGACUGACUAUGGCAGAUUCCAAAUACAAGACUGCAAUAUUGGACGCUAUCGACCAGUUGAGACAGCGCAAAGCACGUCCUGACCUGGAAAGGAUAUGUCACAUGUUACAGCGUCGCCACGGUCUGAAUUCAUCAAUCGUCCAGACCGAACUGGAAAAGUUAAUCGAUGCAGAUAUCGUGAUCAAAGUUGACUAUAAAGGCAACACUAGUUACAGGAACGCAGCGAAAUGGACUAAAGGAAGAAAUAAAGAAGCGGCGCUCAAGUCGGAAGCCAAGACUUGUCUUCUUUCCACCAAAUACUGCACGUUACCUUAUCAACAACAGCAGACGACGGUGUUACUAAAACAGCGCAUUCGUGCUGGUCCGGGUCGGCCACCGAGGACGGCAAUUUCGUCGUUGAAACAGGCGCAGAGUAAAAGAGGGAGGCCUCCCAGCAAGCGAAAGCGCAUUAAGAAAACUCAUGGUCCGGAUUUUUUGGAAACAUCAAGUCUUCCUUCAUCUGACUCAGAGGAUCCUCGUUGUGAUUAUUGUUUCCUCAGUGCUUCCUCUAAUCGAAAUGGAAUGGCUGAAGAUCUUCUGUUUUGUAAAGACUGUAAUGCAAAAGAUAUAAAAUUUAAAGACAAGACCAACACAGUCCAGUGCAGAGAUGGUGAUAAAAUAAGACAAGUAUUGAGGCACAAGAAGCAACGAUUGGGGCAUGACGGCACAGAAGGAACUCACCCAAGUUGCAUGGAAUACAGUGCAGAAUUGGCUGAACGCUCAAAAAUGGGCCCAUGGCAGUGCAUUGAUUGCAAAACUUGUAUACUGUGUGAUGAUUCCAAGGAUGGUGGCUCAAUGCUGUUUUGUGAUUCGUGUGACAAGGGCUAUCAUAUGAACUGCCAUAUUCCAAAAAUUAGCGAACAGCCAAAAGGGAAAUGGGUUUGUCAUCAAUGCACUAGUGAUAUCAGAACAGAAGAUGCAGAUACUGACUCGUCGGGAGUCAGUUCAGAACAGAGAAAUGUAAUCGUCAGAGGAAGGAUAGGAGGAGUAGAUAAUACAACAGGUUUACCAACUCCCUGUGAUUCACCGGUACCAGGAGAUAUAGCUCAAGGCGAUUUCGGUAGUACUUGCGUUGGUACUGCUUGUAAUAAAAACACCGAACUGCAAUAUCCAGAUGUAAUACCAGAUGCAAAAAAUUGGACGGUCGACGAUGUCGAAAAAUUUUUAGCGUCAGUCGGAUUUUCCGAACAAGCACUUAUUUUUAAAGAGCAGGAAAUUGAUGGAAAGUCUCUUCUUUUAAUGAAGCGAAGUGAUGUGCUGACGGGACUGACCAUCAAGCUUGGUCCUGCACUCAAAAUAUAUAAUCACAUAAAGAGGCUUCAAACUGGUCUUCCAGAUGGGCACACCAUUAAAUGAUGUGCUGUUAAACUGUAAAUUAUUUGCCAAAAUUACUUGUAGUCAAUUUGUAUGUACAGAAUCUAUUUAUUUUUAAUCAUUUGUGUUUAUUAGUGCCGUUCUCUCGCAUAAAUUUACUUAAUCUUUAAGAAAUUAGAGUAGGCCAUCACACAUUUUCUGUAAUCCAAAAUAUUAAAUAAUUAACCUCUUAAGUUAAUUAUAUUUAAAGCUUUUUAUUUUACAAAAUGCACUUGUAUUUCAAUUGUAAGUGUCACUAUCAUUUCAGUUUCUGCAAUGUAAUAUAAUUAUCCUGAACAUGUUUUAGAAAUAUUUUCUAAAAUGGACAGAUCUGUAAAAUAAAGAAAACAAAUUCUUUUUAAAGAAAUUUUGUAGAAUGUAAUUAUUAUAUGUUUGUAAAAUUACUUAAGAGGUUAACUAUUUCAAAGUUCUUUUUUUAAUUUAAAAUAUUUUAAUGUAUUGAUAAAAAACUUAUGCAAGAACUUAUCAUAAAUAAUCAUAAAAACUUUGCGUCUGUCAAUUUUUUAUAAAACUUCAAUCAAAUUGAAUCAAAUUUCAAAAUUAGAUAUUUAUUGCAAUAAUUUUAAAGAAAUUGCAUUUGUAAUACUGUUUAUAUUAAUACUUCUUAUAAGGCAUAUUUUGCUUUUAAGAAGUUUACAUUCCAAAUAGAAACAUAUCUCAAAUUAGCAAAAUGAGGAUGAUGAUGAUGACAAGACCAAAACAACGCUUAAAUUUGAAAGAACGGCUUUUGUAAAUGCAACCGUCAAAACGGUCCUUCUUUAGAUUGCUAGAAUUACUUUUAAUAUUGAGUGUUGAAGUGGGCUAACAUAAAUGUAUAGCACCAUGAUGUUUCUCUGAAAUAGUUUAUUUUGUUUUGAUAUAUUUGUAGAAUAAGCAUGCUGCACCUUAAGAAAACACUACUAAAAAAUUUUGAUAUGAAAGAAAAAUCUGUCAUCAGUUUUUAUUGCAUGUAUAAAUACUAUUGUAUUUAUUAUGGAUAUUUAUUAAACGAUAAACAUUUUAGAGAAAAUAUUUUUAUUCUCAAAGGCAGACAAAGUAUGUAAUUUUGCAUGAAAGUAAUCCUCAAAAAUAACUGAUAAACGUUAAAUAAAUGCACAAUUAUUUUGAAGCAUAUAAAAACGCAUUUAUAUUAUCCCAUUACUUUUGUUUAGUGUUUUCUUAAGGUAAAUUUGACAACAUUUUACUUGUAGUAAAAAUGUUGAAUUUGACAAAUUUAAAAAUAUUGUUCUUUUAAAUUAGCAUGUUGUGAGACAUUUUCAUAUUGCAUAUAUUGUAAACUCCCCCCCGAAAAACCAGUUCACACUGAUGGACCUCAAUUCACUAUUCGAGAGUCGUCGGAGGAGUACAUAUAUUUAUUCAUGCCAAAACAGUAU